AUGCCGCCAAACGCGAGAUUUCCCACGCCCAAUCAGCAAAUCGAGAUGGUUGGUAAGAAGUACGCUGAAGCCGUCUGCCGCCUCAACACGGGUCUGGCAAAGAAGCAGUUUCACGGGUUUACUGAGCUUCCUUAUCUUACCCUCAACCCGUGGGCGGUCAAAGAAGCCGAAGUCAAGUCGUGGGGAUUUCCCCACGUCUUCACCUGGACGGAUGGACCGAACGCGCAUUAUCCCCCGCAUUCGCAUCGCGGUCUGACAACCCAUCUGAUCCUCAGGGGCAGCUUGACCAUCACAUAUCCAAAGGAUGAGCAGCCCGAGAAGGUUGCCUAUGGUGUCGGCGACCGCAUUGAUGUCGAUGCUGGCCGCGUGCAUGAGGUUUGGAUUGGCGAUGAGGGUUGUACCUAUGUAAUUGGCGAGUGA